UUAAUCUUUUGUUAUGAAUUUUUCAGCCUGUCACAUCCAAGCAUACUUGAAUAGUAUCAGAACAAUGAAGGUACUGAAUGUACUGUAAGGAUAACUCACCCAAGGAUACGCCUAUUCAAUUUUUACUUUGGCUACAUGAAGGAUAUUAGUGGGGCUGUAUGGAAAGUUAAAUUGUACCAAAAAUUAUCACAUACAUCUGGUUCAACAGCUAGAAAUAAAGAUCAGAAUGAAGAAAAUUUUACUCCUAGUGCUACUAAUUUUAGUGACCUGCCUAUAUAUCUUAAACAUUUGGCAGACAUUUGACACGGAUACACAUGUGGAGAUACCGAAACCAAUGCAGUAUAUCCAAGCAAAGGGCACCGGGAAUCGAAUACAAGAGAGAAGAAAAUCAUUGCAAGAAAACUGUCGCAGACAUACCAGAUAUUAUAAGAAUGAUACUCGACAUCAAGAAAGAAUAUAUAAGAGGCUGAUCGUUAAUAAACAAUUCAAAUUUCUCUUCUGUCCCGUUGAAAAGAUUGGCAGUAAAUUUUUUAGAACAAUUUUUAAAAUACUCUACUAUAAUAUAACGGAGAAAAAUCCAUUUAAAACGCUUGAACAUUCGGAUCGUGAAACCCCAGUCUGGAAAGAGCCCUUCCCAACGUUACUUGACUAUAACAAAAUUGAACGAGCUAAAAUACUGAGAACAUACACAAAAGUCCUUUUCGUCAGGGACCCAUUUAAAAGACUUUAUUCUGCGUACCAAAGUAAAUUUCGAGCUAUAAAUGUAUUCAAUACAGCUAAAAUAACAAAAGCAAUAAUAAAGAAUGUUCGACAAAACCCUAACGAAACAUCGCUGGACUGUGGCCUUGAUUUAAAAUUUGAAGAAUUUCUAAGUUACGUAAUAGCUUCUGAAAAGGAUGAUGUAGAAAACAUGAACGAUCAUUGGAGACCAAUAGACGUCGUAUGUGAUCCGUGUAUGAUCGAUUAUAACAUUAUAGGGAAAAUGGAGACAGUUUAUGACGACAUGCAGCACUUUUUGCGUACCAUAGGUGCAGUAAAUAAGAUAGAGUUUCAAAAGCCCGAAUCGUCAAGUUUAGAGAAUCACAAAACUCUGCUUAAACUCGGAAUUCGUUAUUCCUUUAUUCAAUUGCCUAAGCUGAUAAAGAAAAAGUGCAUAUCAGAAAAGGAAUUCGGUAUGAAGAUUGUUCAGAACUUUGUAAGCCAUGGCUACAUAGAACCUUUAGAUAGCGUCAAGCUUGAUGAGUUGUCAAAAAUACCAUAUGGGCCAAAUGCUAAAGAAGAACUGGAAAGACUGAUUUUGAACUAUGUGGAUAAAAGUAAUAAAACUCGCUUAUUGGCCCUCCCGGCAGAAGCUCAAAAAGCUGCAUUUGCCAGUCUGCCAACAGAUAUAAUAUUAAGACUAAAAAUGGCCUUCUUAAACGACCUAAAAUUAUUUAAUUAUGAUAACAAUUAAAGAGUUUAUUGCACUGUAUAUCAAUUUUAUUUUCCUAUCGAAAUUAUAUAAAACGUGCUCCCCUGAAUCAAUAUAGAUGCUCCACAGGCGUAACAACCCCAAGACUUCACUAUAAUGUACGAAUAAAGAAGUAUAAAAAUGCCCAUCUGAAUUUUGUUAUAUUUAUUCUCCUUGGGAAGAGAGAAAAUGGCCUUGAACCUAGAUUGCACGCGCGAUCUGAAGUAGGCCUACGUGCAAUGUAUUUCUGAUGUACAAGAAUAAUCUAAUUGUACAUUCCGUAUUGCACCAAUCAAUCGAAAUAUUGUAAAACAAGCAUAUUUCUAAAUUG